AUGUUAUCCUCGAGCUUCAAAAGAGUCGAAAAUGGAUCGAUUACUGCGUCGUGGCCCAGGGCCAGCGAGUACAGCGACGGCGAUGGACGUGCAUUAAAACUCCCUCAGAACGUGGAGGACACGCUAGCCAAAGUUUUGCCCUCGGAGGACCUGCUGGACCGACCUGAGUUCGAUGCGCGCGAGUUCAUCAACCGAAACUUUCCGGACGAGCAGAGUCUGGGGGACAUUGGUGACUUUGUGAGCCGUCUCCGCGGGCGUAUGAAGGAGCUCGACGACUCGCUGUCUCAGGCGUCACAAGACCAGAGUUUAGCGGCACAUCAGGCGCUUGUUGGUCUGAAGGAAGCGAAAACGGCGAGUCAGCAGCUUUUCCACAAGAUCCACGAUAUCCGAGGGAAGGCAGAGCAGAUCGAGGUCAUGGUGCAGGAGAUCUGUCGCGACAUCAAGCAGCUCGACUAUGCUAAGCGCCAUCUGCAGACCACGCUCACGGCGCUUAAGCGGCUGCACAUGCUGGUUAUUGCCGUUGAUCAGCUAGAGUUUAUGUCCUCGCAACGUAAUUAUCGCGAGGCCGCAUCUUUGCUCAAAGCUAUCUUUGCCGACUUUCGGUCUAUUGGCCCCAUGGAGUCGUUGGAGGACAAUUUUCCAUCCGAAGAAGAACGACAAGCUGUCUUUGCCAACCUCUCGGCUGCGCGUGCAGCUGUCGAUGCCUUGGGCAAAGCAACCAGAGAGAAACUGGUCCAUUUAUUUUGUGACGAACAGUUGAUGUCCUACGAGAGACUUUACGGGGACGGGGGAGAGUGCGCUAGGUUGCACCAGGCCGAAACGAGAUACAAGUGGUUCUACAAUCUCCUUGCUGCCAUCGACGAUCGCUUGAACGCUAUUUUCCCAAAGCAUUGGCGAAUGGCUCGACGGAUGUGCAUUCAGUUCUGUGAACGAACGCGGACCCAUUUACUUGCACAAAUAGGAGCGCACACUCCAGACGAGAUGGACGUGACUUUGCUGCUGAAGUCUCUACAACGAACGCUCAUGUUUGAACGUGACGCAGCACAGCGCUUCGAAGGGAUGGCCGAUGGAGAAGAGCUUCAGGAAGUGGAACUGGACGAGAACGGCGAUGCCAUUGACCCACAUUUCGCUGAAGGAAUCAAGAGAAAACAUCGUCGUAAGAAGCGUGAGGCGGAGCGUAAGGCGCUAGAAGAAGAAAUGGAGAAGAACGGUGAGCUCACGGGCGACAAUAACCAGGGCUUGCCGACUAUUCGGGGAAUGAUAUCUCGCUCAUUCGACCCGUUCAUGACGGCGUAUGUAGCACUGGAGCGUAAGAACAUGGAGCAGAUGAUCAACGAGGUGAUGAGCGCCGAGUUGGUGGAUCGGAACGGCCAGCUGCCAGUGUUCUCGAGCUCCGUGAACAUGUUUGCCUACAUUCGCAAUUCAAUUAAACGAUGUACGGCCCUGACAAACGGCCAGACGUUCUUUGACCUCCAGAACGAGUUCAAACACUGCUUUCAGCUCUACUCGCAACGACUUCUCGCGAAACUCCCUGCUGCCUCGACUGGGCCAUCAGGCGGUCUGGAUUCUUCAAGCAGUGGUGCGAGCAACAAGGUCAAAUUGAGCGAUAAACAGGAAGAGGAACUAUGUUUCGUAAUCAAUACGGCCGAGUACUGCGCUGAGACGCUGCCAUCUCUGGAGGAAGUAAUUCGAGCGAAGAUUGACAAGGCAUAUAGUGAAGCCAUUGAGUUAUCACAAGAGAUCGAUACGUUCCACGACGUGGGCGCCGCAGCCAUGAAGUGUAUCGUUGCUGGAUUGGAGACGUCGCUGGAUGACGAUUUGAACGCACUCCACAAGGCCAACUGGCAGACAUGGGAAGCCGUGGGCGACGAGAGUUUGUACGUUACGCAAAUGGGCGAGAAGCUGCAGACGUUUGUGCCGGUGUUGCGCCAAAUGCUGUCUGGACUGUACUUUACCAACUUUUGCGAUAAGUUCGCGGCGUCCUUCGUGCCCAAGAUCUUGCAGGCCGUGUACAAGUGCCGAAGGAUGAACCAGGUAGCAACGCAGCAACUUCUUCUUGACGUGUACGCUCUCAAGACGUUGUUCCUUCAACUGCCAGUGCUGAACAACGACGGCUUCCAAUCCUCUUCCACCUCAACGAGCACAGCGACGAUCCCGUCGCGUUAUACCAAGUUCGUCUCGAACGAGAUGGCGACGGUGGAAAACGUGCUGAAGCUAAUUGGCACUCCGAACGAAAUGCUCGUCGAGAGCUUCAAGAUCAUGUGGCCUGAGGGUUCUGCGGAGGAUUUUCAGAAUAUUAUGGCUGUGAAAGGGCUCAAGAAGAGUGAGCUGGCGGCGUAUCUCGACACAUUGGGGAUGCAGCGCAAGCCCACGGGUAAGAUCGCGGAAAUGGAGGGCAAGAUGAGCGACAUGACGGAGAACUGGAAGAAAAACAUGCAGAACUUUGCCAAGGUGCCUUUCACAUUCACGGGCAGAAUGAACACCAAUGCACAUCAACAGGGCUAG